AACCAACCAUAUAUGGACAAUCACAACAAUUACAAAACACACAUCUAUAUGUAUGAACGUUACGUAGAUAAUAUUCUUUUAAAACUAAAAGAUUCACAAUUCCCAUGCCCCACGACUUGUAUUUUUCUUUGGCCACCUAAUUUGCAUCCAUCAUCUCUCUGUCUCUAUAGAGAGUUUCUUUCAAAUCCCCUAAAACCUAGAAAAACACCAAAGUCUCUCUCUCUUUUUUUGUUUUACUCCAAAAGCUUUUAACCUUUGAGAUUUUGCUAUAUAAUUAUCAGAUCCUUCGUUACUACUGAUGCUAGCUCCUUUAGGGCUUUUGCUCUUUUACUCAUGUCAAAUUACCUUCUUGUCCCUUGGUGUUUAGGGCUCUAAUCCUAUAUAAUACUUCGUAGGAAGAAGCUCUUCGUCGUUCUUUACUUUUGUCCCGAUCGGAGAUGGAGAGAGAAUGUGGGUCCAAGGAACUGUUCAGCAAAGAGGAGCUGCAAGAAAUAAGUGGAGUCCAUGUGGGAGACGAUUACGUCGAGGUGAUGUGUGGCUGCACCAGCCACCGUUACGGAGACGCCAUUGCGAGGCUUAAGAUAUUUUCAGAUGGAGAACUUCAAAUCACCUGCCAAUGCACUCCCGCUUGCCACGAAGACAAGUUAACGCCUGCUGCCUUCGAGAAGCAUUCUGAGAGAGAAACCUCUAGAAACUGGAGGAACAAUGUGUGGGUGUUUAUCGAGGGAGACAAGGUUCCACUUUCAAAAUCAGUGUUGCUCAGAUACUACAACAAAGCAUUGAAGAACUCUAACGUAUCGAAAGUCAUUCAUCGGGAUGAGUUUGUUGGGUGCAGCAAAUGCGGGAAGGAGAGGAGGUUCAGGUUGAGGAGCAGAGGUGAAUGCCGGAUGCACCAUGAUGCAAUAGCUGAGCCUAAUUGGAAGUGUUGUGAUUAUCCAUUCAACAAGAUAACAUGCGAGGAGGAGGAAGAAAGAGGGAGCAGGAAAGUGUUCAGAGGGUGCACUCGAUCUCCGUCUUGCAAAGGCUGCACGUCUUGCGUCUGCUUUGGUUGCAAGCUCUGCCGUUUCUCUGAUUGUAACUGCCAGACUUGCCUCGACUUCACCACCAACGCCCAACCCAUUUGACUUCAUCUCUCUAACUUCUUUAAUUCUUCUGCAAAACCUUGUAAUGUAUGGUGGAUGCUCUGCAUUUUCUUUAAUCAGUAGCUUGUUACACCUGUUAUGUGACUGGGGAGACCAAGUAGGAAACACAAACAACUGAAAAAAAAAA